AUGUAUUCAUGUCCAAUAGUUAAAAAUGUUACAUUAUCAUUAUCGACUAUUUCCAAUGAAAUAUAUAAAGUAAUAUCUGAUAUUCGACCUGAUUGGAAUUCAUCGAAUACUCGUUUUGUUCCAUUUACAGAAGGUAUAACAAAUGCUAUAUUAGGUCUUUUUGAUAAUCGAAUUGUUAAUGAUCAAUCAAGUGGUUUAAUUAUUAAAGUAUUUGGUGCACAUACUGAAUUAUUUAUUGAUCGUCAAUCAGAAAUCAAGGCUAUGAUUAAAUUAUCUGAAUAUAAAGUUUUAACACAACGUGUUCUUAUACAAUUUAAUAAUGGAAUUAUUUAUGAAUUUACAACAGGUGAAGCAUGUUCAAGAGAAGAUGUACGAAAAGAUCAUAUUUCAAAAUUAAUUGCUAUUAAACUUGCACAAUUUCAUUCUAUACCAAUUGAUAAAUAUGAAAAACCUUAUGUUAUACCUCUUAUACGAAAAUUUAUUAAAUUAAUUAGUGAAAAUGAACAACAAAAAAAAGAAAUUUCAACAAUAAUAUCAGAUGUUGAUACAAUAGACGAAUAUAUUCUUCCUCAUCUAAUUCCAAAUGCUGAAUUAGGUAAAGAUUUAGUUUAUUGUCAUAAUGAUUUACUUGUUAAAAAUAUAAUUUAUGAUGAAAAAAAUGAUACAAUAUCAUUUAUUGAUUUUGAAUAUACACAUUUAAAUUAUUAUUUAUUUGAUAUUGCAAAUCAUUUUGUUGAAUAUGCUGGUGUUGAUGAUGCAGAUUUUAAUUUAUAUCCAACACAUGAUGAACAAAAACGAUGGUUAAAAAUUUAUUUUCAAUCACGUCAAAUGAAUCAACAAAUAAUAAAUGAUGAUUUAUGUCAUUUAAUUGAUAAAUUUUCAGCACUUUCACAUUUAAUGUGGGGACUUUGGGCUUUAGUUCAAUCACGUCUAUCACAAUUAGAUUUUGAUUAUAUUAAUUAUGCUAAAGUAAGAUUAGAUUGUUAUCAAAAAUUAAGAACAAUUCUUUUUGAAACAAUAUCAAAAUGA